GACGCUUAAAAGACUUAAUCUACUGAUCACUAGCUUUGAAUUGAUGUUGUACACUUGGUUGUUAUUGAGACAGGAAACGCGUUUAAAAUGGAAAGGGCUCGAAUAGAAAGAAAAAGUAUGAUAGGGAAAGGAUACGCUAAUUAUCCCUACAUAGUUUUGCUCCAGUAUUUUUCUCAUCCUCGCUCUCCCUUUCUCUUCUAUAUUUCUUCAUUUUAUCUCUGGAUACGACUUAUCUUCUUAUUGAUGCCUAGGUUUGCCUUUCUGGAAAGCAUGUUUCCAACAACCGCCGCCUCUAUGGGCUAUCCAAACACGAGGAGCAGUAGAAGCAGAAGUACAACAACAAUAGCAACAGCUUCUACGGUUCUUUUGAGUGAUAGUAACAGUGAGAACACUGCCACUGCUGCUGAUAGUUCGUAUUCUUCAACAGCUACUCAAGAAAUCGACGUCAAUGAUCCAAAAGCGGUACUUGUCAGUAACCAGCAGGAAGAAGAGAAAAUAAAGGAAACGGCAUUGCCGAAACACCAGUUAUUUUUACUGUCCAUUGUUUUGGUUUGUGAACCCAUCACAGCAUCUAUUUUGUUUCCUUUCAUAUACUUUAUGUUGCGAGAUUUCCGUUUAUCAGAUGAUGAAAAGGAAAUUGGUUCUUAUGCUGGAUGGAUCACCUCCAUGUUCUUUGUAGCUCAAUUUUGCACAUCUUUACUGUGGGGCAAACUUUCUGAUCGAUUUGGUAGACGACCUGUCUUAUUGAUUGGACUCAUGGGAAAUACCAUCUGUUCAUGUUUAUUCGGCCUGAGCAAGAAUUUGAUAUGGGCAAUCUCAUCACGUACUCUGUGUGGAAUCAUGAAUGGAAAUAUGGGUGUGGCUAGAACAGCUGUUACAGAAAUCACGGAUGAAACGAAUCGAACGAAAGCGUUCUCACUGUUUGGUUUGUGCUAUGGAUUAGGAUUGAUAGGUGGUUAUUUGAGCAACCCUGUGGAUCAUUUCCCAAAUAUGUUUGGUCAUAACCAAUUCCUCAAGAAUUAUCCGUAUUUCCUGCCAUGCUUUGCAGCAGCAAGUAUCUCGUUUGUGGGACUUCUCGUCUGCUACAAGUACUUGAACGAAAGCAGCCCUUAUGUUUUAGCAAACAAUGAAUGCCAACAGCGAACGGAACGAGUAUUGGCUGCAACCGAGACAACGCCCUUGUUGAAUCAGAAGCUGAGCUUUACAAAAAGUCAAACAGCUUCUUCUGGCUCACUUAAAAAUGUACCCAGAGCAUCUUAUAUCACUAUUCUUGGAUUCACCGUCUUUACCUUUCAUACUUUACUCUUUGACGAAGUGUUACCACUUUAUUUUACAGCACCUUUUUCUGCUGGUGGAUUAGGCUUAACGACGCGAGAAUUUGCUAGUAUACUGACCAGCUUUGGCAUAUUACAACUUGUCUUUUUGUCAUUCAUUUAUCCGAGGUUAGCCAAAUACUUUAAUACGCUGAUGCUGUGUCGUCUGGCAUGUGUUUUACUGGUGAUAGCGUAUAUGCUUUUUCCAGACUUGACCUUUAUAAGGAAACUAUCUGCUGUCAUUAAAGAGCCAUUCACCAGCAACAACAAUGAUGAAUCGUGGUUGUUUACUGCGUCCUAUGCUAGCUUGUUGACAGUUCGCUUUAUAGCACAUAUAACUAUUCACACUACUUUCAGUAUAAUGGUGAGCAUAUCAGCGCCUCCAGAGUUGAUCGGUGUAGUUAAUGGGGUCGUAUCAUCUGCAUUGUCCUUAGGUCGAGCAAUCAGUCCGACUUUUGGUGGUAUGGUAUGGUCUUAUUCUUUACAGAAAGGCCAGGGAUACCCAUUUGAUCAUCAUCUUGUCUAUUAUAUCAUUGCCGGAAUGGCGUUGUUUAACGUUAUACACAGUUACUAUAUUCCCGCGUCACUAGCAUUAGGGGGCCAACGACGUCAAAAAUCAACGUCAAAUCUGAUUUGAUUUGCUCCACAUAAUAAAGACAAGUCCAAACAAAUUCUUUCUUCUAUUCGAUCUGACUUCCACACAAAGUGUGUGUAUUAAAAUAUAUUCGAUAUCAAC